AGGCUAGUCUCCAGUACGCAUUCCUGUGUGCGGUGUCCUGCGCCAUCUUCGAGCGCGCGACAAGCCAAGUGCGCUGUUGGACGUCUCUAUGGCAACCAGGAUCCUCUUCACACCAAUGAGAAGGUUCUUGAGUAGCGUUAAAGCCAGGCGGGGUCGCCAUGCCGCCUCGCUGAUGCUCGUUUCUGCUUCUCAGCAGGAAAACACGCGGGAGACUGAAUACUAAUCAGGAGAAGGAUGGUUCGGAGCGCUGUAGUCGGUUAGCUGUUAGCUCCAGCACCCUCACUUGUCCGUAAACGUGUUGAGUUCUAGUUACAUAUGCGCGCGACGCUGUCUGUAUUUGCGUCUUUUUAUGUGUGUCUGCCUGGAGGAUAUGGACCUGUGGGGUUAUUCAGGCUCAUUUUCUUUGGCUACACAGCUUGUUUAAGAAACCUACCAGUUUAACGCUGAAAAUCUCAGAGUCUUCCUGGGCUGAAGGCUGAAGAGGAAGAAGGGGAAGUGGAGAUUGCUGCCUGGCGGCACAGAUGUCUGUCAGCUCUAACGCGUAACCUGGCUUACUCUUAAUGCCUGCACCUGGUGGUUAGGAGAGGAGAAAUUGAGCAGUAUCUGACUCCCCAUUCCACCAAGUAAGAUAAUGUGCUUCUGAUUUUUGACUGCUGGACCGUGUGAUUUUAAGACCACACUAGAGGAAGAGUUCUUCAACAUGAAUACAGACAGCGGAGGACGAGCUCACAAGAGCACCACGCUCUCACUCACUCUAACCCCUAUGAAGAGAGUCCAGAGUUCCCCAAACCUAUGUGGGCUUGCAGGCACAGAAUCUUCACUGACGGAUUCGGAUAUGUGGUGGCACUACACCGCUGGAGAUCCUCUAAGAAAUGGCAACAUGGCGACUUCCUCUUUGGCUGCUAAAGGAUUCAGAAGUGUUAGGCCCAACCUGCAGGAUAAAAAAUCGCCCACACUGGGCCUCGCUCCUCACAGAGAGAGCUCUCAGCUGCAUCCUGCUGACUGUAAUCCAGGAAAAUUUAGCCUCCAUAAUUAUCCCACACAAUACGAUGAUGGCCCACUGCUCAUAACACACAGCUCAUUCUCCAGGGGAGCAAUGUCUGCAAUCUCAGAGCAGAGCUCCAGAGGCAACCAAUCCUCUGACUCCAACACCAAUGACUCUAAACAGCCUCUCAGUUUUAGCAGAUUCCCCAGUGUAUGUGGCCCUGAGAAACCUAGGAUCCGUCCAUCGCACUUAGAUCACCUUAAUUCACACGCUCCAGUUAGGCAGAAAAAGAGACAUGUAGCCUCUCUGUCCAUAUGCAUCACACCACGGCAUCAGACAGAAGCCAGAUAUACACAGACUCUGUCUCUCAGCCCCCAUACUCCACCUAAAAGAAAGGACCCUCUGGAUUCCAGAACAGUCUUUCACCCUUCACCGCCCCCUGCAGUCCAACAAGUGGCCUACCCAGGACCACCACUGGCCUCCCACUCGCCCAAUAACAGGCCAAGCUUCUCCACCGACUACACCUGCUCUAGGCCCUCUGACCACCAUUCACAUCCUCUUUCUCAUGGUCUUGCCUAUUCCAACUUGGAUCCAUAUUCAGCUCCGAGUGGCUGCUCUUCUCGUGCUCAGAGCGUGUCUUCCAUGGCCAUGCUGGAGGAGCUGAGAAUGUGUGGAAUAGACUUGGAGGGAGGUUCUGAGACCUCUUCAUCCACCCACUGCCAGCUGAGCAGUUACACUGACAACAUGGCGAUAGACGUCCCUGCAGCUAGCUCUGCUAAUGGCCAAAUGACUGUAAAUGGAAGUGUAGGUGUGACUGCAGGCCUAAAGAGUCAUCUCCAAAGACCCUUCUCCCCUUCCACGUACCCUUCUCUUCCCUCUUUCAGCCCUACUCUCACAGCCAUGCAACAGGGCCGGAGCACUCCUGCUGAAUCCAUUUCCCCACUCUAUGCCACUGUGGGUUCAGUGACAUCUAUGCAUGCACCAGAUGAUGAGAGGAGAGAUACAGUGGGAAAAUCUUCCCAUUACUCAAGCGUUGGCCCUGUGGAUGAGUCUGGUAUUCCCAUCGCCAGCAGGACUACUGUGGACAGGCCAAAAGACUGGUACAAGACUAUGUUCAAGCAGAUUCACGUGGUGCAUAAACCAGAGUUUGAAUAUUCUGGUUCCCGUACUGCCACUCAGCCUAUUACGAAUGAUGAGAAGCAUAGUCCACCUAAUAAUCUCCAGGCACACCCUGCACCUAAGAGCAGUACAUACAGACCCAUAACCAAGAGCAUCUCUGAUAAUGGCACAUGUGGAUUCAGACCAUCCAGCUCCUCUUCCCUGCCAAGUUCAUCAUCGGCUCAGCCAAUGUCUCACAACCGUAAUAUGCACCAGAGUGGCAGCAGCACUCCGGACAUGAAUCAGUGGGGUCCUCAAGAUAGAAAAGUGGAUACUCGCAAAUACAGAGCAGAGCCCAGGAGUAUCUUUGACUACGAGCCAGGGAAAUCCUCUAUUCUAGAUCAAGAGAAAGCAAAGAGUAACUUAACACCAGAAGAGCUAGCUUUAGAGAAUGAGCCCUGGUAUAAGUUCUUUGCAGAGCUGGAGUUUGGACGGCCGCCUCCUAAAAAACGUCUGGAUUAUGAUCCAAUCCGUAAUGAGACCUUUCUUUAUCAGCCGUCUGCUGACAGAAGCUUUGAACGGCCUUCAAGUUCUUCCAGUGAUAACAGGACAAGAAGGAAGUCAGAGCCUACAGCCACUCAGUCCCAGCCUCAAAGCUCACUAAGAUCCACCCAGAGCAUUGGAAAAUCAUGCAAGAUUCAUGCUGCUCACCUUCCGGAACCAACCAGGACCAGCAGUACCCAAAGAAAGCCCUUUAACACCCCUUCCACUUCCUCCUUGUCCAGAUCAAAAGAUCAAGACACGGCCAGAGGUUACUCCUAUCCUGACAUAGGCCGACAAACUCCACAGAGCAGGAGGCCUACACCUGAAGUCAGAGAGAAACUGCCAGCCAGAGCAAUAUACGACUUCAAGGCACUGACAGCAAAAGAGCUGUCAUUCAAUAAAGGGGAGAUUGUGUACAUCACCCGGAAGAUAGAUAAUAACUGGUUUGAAGGAGAACACCAUGGGAAAGUGGGAAUCUUUCCUAUCUCUUAUGUGGAGAAAAUCUCUCCAUCAGAUAGACACCAGCCUGCAAGGCCUCCUCCUCCAACCCAGAGCACAGAGAUUGGUGAAGCUGUGGCUCGCUACAACUUCAGCGCUGACACUAAUGUGGAACUUUCCUUAAGAAAGGGUGAGCGUGUUAUAGUGCUGCGCCAAGUGGACCCGAACUGGUUCGCAGGAAAGAUCCCUGGGACAAACAAACAGGGCAUAUUUCCAGUGUCUUAUGUCGACAUAAUCAAGAAAUCUCCUACAAAAAGUCCUAGCCAGUCCACAGGAGUUGCACAUAGUUCCUUCAGCGACCGAAAUCACAGCAGGCCAUCAUCUGCACGCCUCAUGACCUGCUCUCCCUUAUCCACUCCCCACCAGCACACCUCACCCUGCCUCAGCUCCCAGAGAGCAGCUCAUCUGCAGGCAGUGACUGGCGAGUGGCUCGCCCUCACCCUUGGUCGGUCUCCCUCAGGCACUCCUGCCCCUACACCUCCCCCUUUACCCUCUCAUGUUCAGCUAGAUUAUGAAAGGCUGUACUCUCCUGCUGCCUCUGCACUGGGCCCCUUCCCUUCCCUCACCCCCCCACUCAAAGAGGGUCACUUUGUUCCCAUCAGCUCUCCGAAAUCAUACAUGUCACCUGAGCCCAGUCCCUCACCUCAGGCCUACCUCACCUCAGCGUCCUUUACCCCGUCCCCCAUCUCCCCCACUUUUGACUCCAGCCCCAAGUGUGGCAGCGUGAUAGAAGUGAACACGAGUCUCAAGCCUGGUCCACUUGAGAAAGAGCAACAUUUUUCAGAUAGGUGUGGCUUUGAUAAGUUGGACUCAUCCAGAUCUUGCUGCCCAAUUGACCUGGUUGUGUAUGAGCCUGAUGAACAACCCUCAAAGUUCCCCUUACCCUCCAGUGAAACUGAGGAGGAUAUCUGUGAAGAGCUUGUGUCCAUCAUCCAGGCCAGCCAGGCAAAGUACUCCAUUGUGGAGAAAGCUGAGUUUCAUAGGGAAGAGCUGACUGCUUCAGAGGAUCUACCCAAACUGUUCAUAGAGGAGGAUCCAGGUGAAGACAACAGGGCUUAUUCAGACUCCCAGUCAUCAAAUACCUUCACUCCAGUCCACCCGGUUUCUAGUGGGAUGUCAGAACAUGAGCAGGCUGAAGUUACACAAAGCCCCCCUAUGUGUCCGUCAUCUCCUGUCUCUUCAAAGCCUUCGAGUGCCACGCCCCCUGCAUCUCCUAGCUUCUCUUCCCCUACCCCCCACUCCACCCCUCCACUCCCCGGGGUGUCUCACUCCCCUCCUCCUUCCUCCAAACAGCUCCGCUCCCCCAAGGUCAAGCCUGUGUUAAGGCAUGAUGUUGUGGUUAUCGGUAAGCCCCCCCGUAGCCCUGUGAUGUCUAGGAGGUCCUGUGGCUCGCCUGUUAAAGGGCAAAACUACUCACCAGCUCAUAGGCAUCCAGCACGGGAUCCUCUAGAAGAUGGUGGAGAACCGUUUCAGGCCCUGUAUAAUUACAUGCCACGCAAUGAGGAUGAGUUGGAACUGAAAGAAGGAGACAUCGUGGAUGUGAUGGAGAAAUGUGAUGAUGGCUGGUUUGUGGGAACGUCCAGGAGGAGCAAGUUUUUUGGAAGCUUUCCUGGAAACUAUAUGAAGAGGCUCUAAGCUGAGCGUCUCUGUGCAUUCGCCUCUGCUGAUAUGAAGCCGCAAAGAGUAGACGGAGAAUGUCACCUAUUUGUCAGCUUCAUUAUAUUAACAUCAGCCCAAUACUGCAUGAGAAAAGUGUGUGGAAACUAGUCUCAUUGGUCUUGGAGUGGAUUAUUACACCUUGUAAGUUAGGUGAAGGACAUGGAAUCCCUCAAUUCUCAAGCAAUCAUAUAGAAACAUGGAAUUGCAUCAAAGACUUUAAAAGAUGGCUUUUUGAUUGCCUAGAUUUUUAACAUUAUUUUUCAUUAAUGAAAAUCAGCAUACCUGCCUUUUUAGUAAAGUUGAUGAAUUUCAAAGGAAAGACAAACAAAGUGCCCUAUUUAUCUUUAUUUAUUGAGAGGCAUAUAUAUUUUUUAUUGUUUUAGGGUACAUCGGAAGGUUUAGAGAUUAGAUUAGAAAUGCUCUGUUAUUUUGGAGACGAGGGCAUGCCCCUGCUAAUCUGAACCUACAGUCUGAUCUAAUCUACUGUACAUCUAGAUUGACCAGUAUUGAUGUGUCAUGCUGAGUAGGAUACUUCUCUACUGCACGCACAUGCACAAACAACGUGAUUCAUAAUCAACACCCUCUGAUUUUCUAUAGUUUCUGUCCCUCCAGACAUUCCUAUAAAUAUCUAAAGAAUUUUCUAAAUGCUGAUGGUAUUUUUAGGGCAGAGAAUGUCACAUUUUAUACAAUGCAAACAAGUCAUUAACAUUGAUUUUGUAGAAUAACUGUGCAUUGUGUAACAACUUAAGCAUUGUAAUGGUAUAAUCGAAUUGAACCACAAUAUUGUCUACUGCCUAACACUAAUAUUUAAUGCCAUAUGAUCAUGCACACUGUAAUCUCUUAUUUAUAAUUCAACAUGAUAUAGCUUGUAUGUAAUAUGACCAUUUUAAUAUGUAUCUGAGUGAAAAGUGUAUUUUUAAAAAAAUCUAUUAUUUUAAUUCAUUAGACAGAAGUGUUAUUCUCUUUCAAAAUGAUAUAUUUUGAUACAUUUUAAUCUUCAGCAUGUGUUUUGUUCAGGCUUUAAGAUUGAUUUAGGAAAUAAACGUUUGCCCUAUAUUUUUUCCCACAAUUUGGUCUUGCCAAAUUCCACACACAAGCUCAGGCUUAUAUUUCUCCCCUAUCACAUGACAGCUACAGUACCAACUGAGGAGGGUGUAGCAAACACAUGCUUCCUCAGAGACACAUGAAGCCUCCACAUCUUUUCAAUCUGCUACUCAUGGAGUGUCACAGGGCAGCUUAACACACUUGGAGGAAAGCGCUCUCUGCCCUGUUAUGCAUACAUGAGCUCACAGAUGGCCAUGUUUGCCUAGUGCCACUCUGAUUGACAGGAGAGUCAGUAAUGCCAUCUUUCCCACCUUGACUCCUGGCCACGGAUGGCUGUGGCAUCAUAGGGACUAGAGUGCUCAAUCUCCUGACGAUCGAAAAAGCAAAUGCUUUUCGGGAGCCCCCCAAAACGUAUACUUUGUCUCAAGCACAAAAGUCAUCUGAAAGCAGUUGCAUUAUUGGGAGUGUUACUUUUAUUUUUGCAGACUUAACUGUGUUGUCAUACAGUUUGGUUUGCCACCUUCUUCCAGUUUCACAUUAAUUCGUAAAACCAUAACAAUCAGUGCAAAUUCAUUCUAAAAUUCACAAAAUGUGUUCAGUGCCAUAAUAAUGACACUGUUCUACUGUGGAGAGGACACUUAGCACUAAACGGAGCAAUAGCUUCAUUAUCACUGACCUCAACUAGUAUUAAAGUCACCCAAUAAACACUACAGUGAUUUGUGUUGGUGUAUUAGUGACAUGAGAACUGUGUGCUUAUUUCAACUAGAUCCCUAGUCUUCCAUCUUUUAGUAACAGGUCUAGCAAAGUGAGGUGGGUUUAUUUGCUAUUCUCGUGUACUCCUUGAAUAACCCAAAAUGUCCUUUUGUGCAAUUCAAUGUAGAAUGUAACACAAAACUUCUAUCUGUCCAGGAAAUGAAGUGUCCACGUGUUAACUGUGUAAAAGAUGGAAAUGUAUAGAAGAGUUGAUCUUAUGCAGGUAAUAUGACACUAUGUUUAGACAGACUAUGUGGUAUAUAAGAUACAAAUCAAAACAUGAAUCGAAUCAAUGUGAUCCAGGCUUUCAUCUUAAAUUUUUGUCUUGCUAAUACUGUUUAACUGAACACAUAACUGAUUAAAGGUGCAGUAUUUUUGCAUACUGUGAUUAUCUGAUGCUGAUGACUAAAUUCAAUAAAUCAGCGAUGUAAUUAGAUGGUACCGCUUUACAGUAUUGAGAUAUCAUAUAUGUACACUACAGGCCAAAACGUUUGAAAGCAACACCAGCAAUGUAAAGCACAAUCCUUUUUAAAGGAUUAAAAAAAAAAUUAAAAAAAAAAAACUGUGUUUAUUAACUUAGAUCAAAAGAGUUGGCUGAAUGCCUGCAGCAGUAGUGUACAACUGAGUGAAUCCUAAAUUUAAAUGGUUUUAAAUUCAUCAAAAAAUAUGCUCGUUAUUUAAAAUGACUCCAGACCUCCUUUUAUGAAGUUUCAUCAUGUACGUUGCUGGUAUAACAUUCCAAGCCAUUGUAAGACCUUUAUAAAUCAUUUUCUGACACAUUUUUUUUUCUCAUAAAAAAAAAAAAUCACAGCUUGUUUCCACACUUUUGGCCUGUAGUAUAUAUAUAUGUGUGUAUGUAUAUACUGUAGUAAAUAUCACAGUGUCUUCCCAUCUGUGCACAGUAUAUGCAGACAUCCAGCAGGACAUCAUCUCUAAAAGCAAUCUGUUAAACCCAAGGCCUAUGUUUAUUUUUUUAUUUUAUAUUUCUUUCUUGUUUCUCUCUGUGGAAUUGUACGUUUAAUAAACAGUCGCUAAUGUAA